AUGUCUGGCUUCGCUGGGAACGUGGACUGCGAGGAUUGUUUAUCUCCUGCACAUGUGGCCAAUAACAGCACGGAGCUGCACCUGCGCCCGUCCACCGUGGAUGAGGACGACGAACUUCUCAGAUACAUCUGGAGCGAGUACUUGCACCCCAAGCAGUACGAGUGGGUUCUCAUUGUGGCUUACAUUAUCGUGUUCUUCGUUUCACUCAUUGGAAACUCGCUUGUUUGUUUUGCAGUGUGGAAGAACCGGCACAUGCGCACCGUGACCAACUAUUUCAUUGUGAAUCUCUCCUUCGCCGACGUCUUGGUCACCAUCAUCUGCCUGCCUGCCAGUCUCGUGGUGGACAUCACAGAGACGUGGUUCUUUGGAAACACUCUCUGCAAAGUUGUGCCUUAUCUGCAGACCAUCUCUGUUUCUGUGUCAGUCCUAACGCUGAGUUGCAUAGCCCAGGACCGUUGGUACGCUAUCUGCCACCCACUGAUGUUCAAGAGCACUGCCAAGAGGGCUCGCAAGAGUAUCGUGAUCAUCUGGGUUGUGUCAUGCAUCAUCAUGAUCCCGCAGGCUAUUGUGAUGGAGUGCAGCAGCUUGCUGCCUGAACUCACAAACAAGACCAGCCUGUUCACGGUGUGUGAUGAACAUUGGAGAGCUGAGAUCCUCCCGAAGGUUUAUCACACCUGUUUCUUCAUUGUCACCUACUUUGCACCAUUAUGUCUCAUGGUCCUGGCGUAUAUCCAGAUAUGUCACAAGCUGUGGUGUCAACAGAUUCCCGGGAGCACAUCAGUGUUGCAGAGGAAGUGGCGGUCCAUCCAGUGCUCGGCCCCGGUGCCGGGCCCCGGAGAGCCUGUCAGGGUCAGGACCAGCACGGUUUGCGCGGAGAUCAAACAGGUCAGAGCUCGACGCAAGACAGCUCGGAUGCUGAUGGUGGUGCUGUUUGUUUUCGCCCUGUGCUACCUGCCCAUCAGCGUGCUCAAUGUCAUGAAAAGAGUCCUUGGGACUUUCAAGACCACCAAUGACCGAGAGACGGUGUACGCGUGGUUCACUUUCUCACACUGGCUCAUCUAUGCCAAUAGUGCAGCAAAUCCCAUCAUCUACAAUUUCCUCAGCGGGAAGUUCCGUGGGGAGUUCAAAGCAGCGUUUUCUUGCCACUGCUAUGGCCAAGACCAAAAUCCAACACAGAGGAUACGGACCAGAGUGAGCACAGACAGCCGGAAAUCUCUGUCCACUCAAGUCAACAACAUGGACAGCGUGUCACGCAUUUCAGAUCAAAUGGUGUAGUCUUAUAAUCCAGGGGCUGAUUCUAAACCAGGUUCAAAGGCUCAAGGUGAACAAACCUCUAAAAAGACAAGAUUCAGUGUCUCUAAACGGUGAAUUUCAUGCUUUAUGGAAACUGGAAUCUUUCGUUCCUUUUACAUGAUCAAGUACAGAGGACAUUGUAGUUCACAUGAACUUUCUAUUUAUUAUCAAUAACAUUUAUUAUUCAUUCUGACGGUUAUUAUUUAAUUUCCACUGUUAUAUAGGAUAUACAGCUAACUGACGUGACUAUGGGCUCACAAAUAUUUUCGUAAAUGGGUUUUAUUUUGUAUUUAUUAUGUUAUAUUUAGCUCAGUGGAUUUUCUGUGGCACAGAGCUACUGAUUAACUGUGCAGGCUCGUCAUUGUCUUUAUUGUUUUAGUUAGUUCAGUCGCUAGAAUCAGUGUCGCAGGUCAUGCGAUUAUGGUUGUUUGCGACAACAGAAGAGCAGGUGUUUUAGAGAGUCAGUGUAAUUUUCCUCCUUAAUGAGCACACGUCCAUCUUCAGUCUCCAUUGUAAAUGUCCAUAAAG